AUGGCUCGCUCGAUGGUGGACAUAGAAGACGAAUUGUCACGACUCUGGGGUCUGGUAGGGGAAUUAUCAGACCAACUGGCGCAGAAUCGAGCAUUGGUAACUCAGCUCAAGUCGAGAUCAGAGAAUGUGAAAGGUCAAGCGGCACAUGUGGGCACUGGUUUUCCAUUGAGGAGGUUUAAUUUGGAUAUAUCGAAUGAGGAAUUUCAAUCAGAACUCGAAGCGUUCUCCUCACAUCUGGUUACCGAAAAUCAGCAGCUGCAACAUGAGAACAAACAGCUGAACGCUCUGCUGAAAGAGUAUGAGCAAACGUUGGAAACGGUCAUGGGCAAAUUCAGGGGUAUAGCUCACUCAUCACAACAACACGACCUAUCCUUACAUUCCUAUUACACCUCCUUACUUCAGACUUUACAAACAGCCCAUUCAUCCGCCCAACUCCACGACUCCACAUCCCUGUCCCUACUUCUCACUCGUUUAUCAACUUUGCUAAGAUCAACAUUACGUUCGAUGGGUGGUGAAGAUUCAGAUAACGAUUUAGCCAACUUACCGGGUUUACUAAAUCUUGUCAAUCAUCCUGCAACAAUAUCUGAAAUAUCUUCAUCACCCAAAUCGACUAUAUCGAACUUGAAACCAUUCCCUAGAGCUCCUAAUAAACCUGUACAUUUUCCUGGAUUUAUACCGGGUCGAAGUGGGGGUUAUAACGGUACGGAGGGACAAUCAGAUUGGGCAUUGGAGAGAGAAAUGGAAAUAUUACGAUUAGAAGAGGAGAAUAAAGCUUUAAGAGAUCUUCUAAACAUAUCCCAAGAUCUGAAACUCCCUGCAUUAGGUGACCAGGAUGUUGUAGAAGAGGGAAAAGAGGAUGAAGGUGUGAAAUCGCCAGAAGGUGAAAGAUCGAGAAAAUCGAGUUUGACAAUAGAAGAAUUGGAAGCUGGAGCAGCUAUGGAAGCGGAUCAAUUGGCUGAAUCGAAUAAGAUAAGGGAUUCAAAUACACUUCAUCAACAGCAGCACGAAGGAUUAGAGAAGGAUCACGAUGAACAUAUAGAAUCUGAUCAACAGCAGCAACAGCCGGUAUCCACCACACCUCAGGAGAUAAGAGAAAGUGUACUAGGUUUUGAGACGACGGAAAGACCACCUGAAGAAGCUAUCGUGGAUGAACCUGAUGCUGAAGCGGUGGAUCCUAAUGGGGAGUAA